CGAUCCCUGACAGAGAUAGGCGGAGGUGAGAUUCCAACUUGGAAAUGAGUAUCCCCCUUGCAUCGGCAGUUGCAGUCGGUCACAUGUAUCGAGUUGUUGAAAUUUUUGAUGAACUCAUUCAAGAAGGCGCAGUGAAAGUAUCCCAGUACCAGUUGGAAGCACUCAAUUUGAGCUUCAACAAUGGACGCCAACAAUGACGACAAGAGGAUUUCGCCAGUGAAGGAAAAUGUCGAUUCGAAAGCUCUGGAUCCGGGGGUAUUGGAGGUUAUUGCUGGAUCUACGAACUCUAUUUCAGAGAAGGCAGUUGAUGCCAACAUCGUAGACUUCAGCGGCGACGAUGACCCCUCAAAUCCUAUGAAUCGAACUUCGAGUGUGCGCUGGAUGCACGUCGGAUUUGUGUCUUUCAUGGCAUUUGUACUAGCAUUGGGGGACGUCGCGUUUGCGCCAGCGAUUCCGAGUCUCCUCAAAGAUUUCAACGUCUCAACAAACAGUCCUCUCUCGGCUGUGGUGAUAUCAAUUUACUCUCUUGGGAGUAUUCCAGGGAACAUGCUCGGCCCUCCACUAUCCGAAUGGCAAGGUCGAUUGCCUAUCCUGCACACAUCCAACUGUUUGUUCAUUACAUUCAUUAUCGCUUGCGCCGUAAGUCCAAACAUACACGUACUUUGUGCUUUCAGAUUUAUCAGUGCAAUCUUUGGAUCGGUGGCGUACACUUUGGGGGGACCCAUCAUUGGCGACCUUUUCCCUCAGGAAAAGAGAGGCGCUGCAAUGGCCGUUUUUUCUUCUGGUCAACUGAUUGGACCUGUGGUUGGUCCAAUAUUUGGUGGCUUCUUAGCACAACACAAAGGUUGGAGGUGGAUAUUCUGGUUAAUGGCUAUCCUUGCCGGAUCUGCAUUUGGACCUUCACUUCUUUUGAUGCGUGAGUCGUAUGCUCCCGUAGUCCUCGAGCGGAAGGUGAAAGCUUUGAGAAUUUCCACCGGAAACAAGAACUUGCGUUCGAAGUUCGAUAUGAGCGAUGAACACGAAUCUGCUUGGACUGGUUUCAUACAGAGCUUGGUACGACCCGCGAAGAUGUUUUUUCUUCUCCCCAUGGUUACAAGCAUAUCUCUUUACUUCGCUAUGAUAUAUGGAUUUCUCUAUAUCAUCCUGACUCGGAUGAAUCUGAUUUACGAAACGGUCUACCACUUUUCGGACGGAGACAUCGGUUUGACAUACAUUGGUCUUGGAAUUGGCUUGUUGUUCGGGAGUAUAUUCUGCGGGGUGUUCUCAGACUGGUACAUGAAGAAAGCUUCAGCCGGUGGAGAACAAAAGCCCGAAUAUCGCUUACCGCCUUUACUCUUUGGGACAGUCUUCAUUCCACUUGGGUUUUUCCUGUACGGAUGGUCUGCAAGAUUCCACCUGCACUGGAUUCUCCCAUUGAUUGGCACCGCAUUUGUGGGCUUUGGCAUAAUGACAACGUUGAUACCCUCUACCAAUUACUUGGUCGACAGUUUUCCAUUGUACGCCGCAUCUGCCAUCGCAGUAACAGAAAUCCUGCUCGCAGUGUCUGGGGCUACUUUCCCACUCGCAGCGCCGAGUUUGUACAGAACUUUGGGACUUGGGUGGGGCAAUUCUCUACUGGGAUUUCUUACAUUGAUGUUUGCACCAUUGCCAUGGAUACUGCUAAGGUAUGGAGAGCGGAUCAGAAAGAGGGGAAGUUCGGUAAAGCUAUAAUCAGAAGAUUGUCCUCGCGAAUCUUGUACUGUACACUAUUCUUUGACCUAACAUGCUCAAAGCCAUCAUCUGAAGAGCUCACAUGCACUGAUUCAUUGAGUUUUGGGCUUUGUAACCCAUGGCAGCUCCGUCUUUCCUGCCUCAUAAAUCCCACCAUGAGGCUUCCACAUCCACCAGAAUGUCAAGCCCCUCAAAUCAGACUCAAAUCUUCU